CGUUGUUUUUAAAUAUGCAUCGGAAGUUACGCGGUAACAAAAAAAGAAUGGACACUUUUGUUUACGAACUUUCCAGUUUGCUUGCUUGUUGGGUUUAGUAGAAGUCAGUGAUCGUUCGUAUAGUUCGCAGACAUGUCUACUAAGAAGUGGAGAGAUUUUUCAAAAUCUACUAGCUAUAUAUUUAACAUGUUUUUAAGGGAAGGCUAUAGCUGUCGGGUUGAAAGAAAGCAGAGCAAGAGGCAAAGCAAAACAUGGCUAGUUAGCUACCGGUAAUUACAGUAGCUACUAGUCAGACAUCCGUAUUUCCGCAGUACCAGACAGCUGAUGUCUGUCAGAAGGGCUCUGGUGGACUGUGCUGUGCUUUCUCUGCAGGAUCAGUGUGUGUUAUAUCCCUGUUGUAGAGGAUGCUUCUCCAGGGUACUACGGACAGACACGACCUGGUGGCGGUGCUCCAGGUGUGGCUACAGGUGUCUGGAACAACACCUGGACUAUAGGUACCGUCUGUCUCUAAGGGUAACCAGGGGGAACACCAUAUUUGGGUUGACAGUCUUCGGGAGCUGCCUCAACCCCCUCUUUGGGGCCAAAGCCACUGACCUUCACAGGCUGGUGGAGGAGUCUUUAGGAGAAGAGGGACAGAGGUUAGGAGGUCACAGCAGGCUGCUGGUGAAGGCUGUUGAGGACUGCUUCAUUGGAAGACAUUUUGUUUUUGGGAUAAAGCUCUCUGGGUCCCUCCCACCUGGGACAGAGUCAGGAAGUCAGUUCAUAGCCAGUCAGAUUUCUCUCCCCUUGGCUGCUGCUCCUGGCUGCUCUGUGGUCAGUUACUACAGAACCCUCCUCCACCAGGCUGCCCUCGGUCCUGCCUGGAUAUCUGACCCUGGACCAGCUCCACAGUCCAUCGCCAACACCAAUGGAGCUCCUCUCCUGCUGCCCCCAUCUACUGAGGGUAGUUUUAACUCUACGCUGCCUGCCUGUGGUGGCUCCCUGUCACUGCACUGCUCCUUUACCCGGACCCCCACCUACACCCAGACAGUACCAUGGCAACAGUCUCCAGGUGUGAUCACCUCGUCUGCAGAGCAGGAGGAGGAGUGUAGCUUUCAGGGGGGGGAGAAGGGGAGAGAGAGAGGUCUGGGGGAGGUCCCAGGGAGACUGAAAAUUCCUGGUGUGUCAGGGAGGCUGAUCUCCCCAUUCAGCUUGCCCCAGCCACCCUGCCAGGAGGAGGGGAACAACAGGGACAGCUAUUGGGAUGUUCUGUCCUCUUUCUGUGAAGUCCCUGACUCCCCUGUCCCCAGUCCUGCCUCUCUCACAUGGGCUGCCCCAAUGCAGCCCAGCCACAGGCAGGCUGUACCAUCCAGCGCCAGGAAGAGGGGUGUUCCAGAAACUGAGUGUCUCUCAGAGAGUCAUCUUACUGACCUAGCUGACCACGUUCCCUGGGAAGACCUGCCCUUCUCAGAGAGUCUUGGGGAGUUUGUCUGUAAUCCUGCAGACACUGACCCAGAAACAGACCAUCAGAACCGGUCCACCACCCUGACAGAGCCAAUCCCCAUGUUACCCAGAACUCUACUGGACAUUACUAACGUUGAAGGGGUAACUCAUGGAGGACUCAGUCCUCAGUCACAAGAACACAAACACUCUGCUGACUUGGAAGAAGAGGAGGAUGAUUAUAACUGUUCAGCAGAUCUCUUCCACUAUGCUGAUAACAGCACAGACACACACACACCACAUGUGGACGGUCACACAGACACACACCCACCACAUGUGGAUGGUCACACAGACACAUCCACCCCUGUCAGCAGGAGAACUGCUCCACUACACAGCCUGCAGCUCAGAGCCCAGCGACACACUCCUAGAGCUCUCACACACACACCUCGAGCACUGCGGCAGGAGCCCAGGAACUCGUUAAGAGCUUGGCAGAGGAUCUUCGGUGGAGCUCUUAAGAGAACUGCAGAGAGCAGAAGAGGCAGCAGUCUGGGUGAGGAAUCUGACAUGGUGCCUCCUUCUCCAGCAGCGCCGUGUUCACUGAGGUCCACCGGUAGCUCCAGGAGGAGAAUCAGUGGGGUCAAGGGGUCAGAAGGUGGCAGCUACCUGAGAACUAAGGGUGGAGCGCAGAUGAGAGCGGCUUCAUCCCUAACUAACAGACAGCAUGCUGAUUGGGAGAGACAUGUUCCCCACACACUGACUGACAGACAAACCAACCAAUGCCAGACACCUUCCUGUCCCUCCCUCCAGGAGAAGAAAGUGUCAGAUUGGUCCAGUGAUCCGGAGAUCGAAGGGUGUGAUUGGUCCAGAGACAUGUUUGAUGACUCUUUCUAA